UAAUUUUUUAUCAAAACACAUAUUGCAUACAAUUGUGUCUUCAUCCUUUUUAAAUUUUUUCAUACAUUUUUCACAUGAUAGUUAUCUUCAACCACUUUUUGAACAAAAUGCAAUUUUUUUUUGCAUGAUAUAUAAUUUUUUUCCUAUUUAAGACAUAAUAUUAAAAUUAUUAGUUUAUAAUUUUAAACAAUUAUAAUUUGUAUGUUGGUAAUUGUUAUUUUGUAUAUUUAUCUACCUGCUUUAUUUAUUGAAAAUGAAUAUUCAGAAAAUUGAAUAUUGUAAUAAAUAUAUGUUGAUUUACGUUAAUAUGACAUGUCUCAUUUAUAAUAUUUUUUUUUUAAUUUUUGGGAGAGUUCUCAUAAAAUACCAACACUUAUUAUAUAAACUAACACAUUACUUAAAUAAAACCUAUAUUUUUUAAAGCAAUCCCAUUUUGAGAUGAAAAGACACUUUGUUUAGAUGGAAAAAUUGCAACUUUGACAUUAUUUUUUUCACCAUUUUAUUAUUAGUAGAUUAGUGAAAAUUUGAUUUGAAAAAUGUAUGGGAGAGACUAUUUAUAGAUUUUUUAAAGCCUAUUUGAAUAGUCACAACUCUUCAAUAUGAAUAGUUGCAUUCUUGUAACACUCACAACUUCUCAUUUUUUAAAAGAUACUAGUGAAUAGUCACAACUUUUAAACUAUUUUUAGAAGGACACAACCUUACAACAUAUAACUUUUAGAAAAGACACAACUCUCUACACAUAUUUUUCAAAAGACACAACCUUUCAACAUAAUUGAAGUUCACAACCUUAGGAAUUAAUUGGAAAAGACACAACCUUACUACAUAGAACUUUUAGAAAAGACACAACCCUUUACACUACUUUUUCAAAAGACACAACCUUUCAACAUAAGUGGAUUCACAACCUUAGAAAUUAAUUGUAAAAGACACAACCUUCCAACAUAGAACUUUUAGAAAAGACACAACCCUUUACACUUCUUUUUCAAAAGACACAAUCUUUCAACAUAAGUGGACUCACAACCUUUGGAAUUAAUUGAGAUUGCUAUUAUUAGUAGAUAUAAUUUUGCCAAAAAGAACAUCAUAUAAUACAACUAGCUAUGAUGUUUAUCUCCUUACCUUUUUGGGUUCAAAUAUCUUCAUACUAUUGUUUACUUAAUUGUUCUACUCAUUAAUUAAAAUCAAGGAGAUGUUUCAUUGCCGUCGAAUUAGGUUUUACAGGCGGCGAUGCAAUUAGUGAAUGAUGUCAUUGUAUCUAAGGAAACUUUUCUUUGUUGGUUGGCGGUAACAUAGGAUUCGUUAUAAGAAGUGUAAUGUAGUUGUUGUUUAAUGGUUGUUCGCUGUAUUGAUUUUCAGUUUCCUAUGUUUUGAUUACUAAAGUUGAUUGUAUUUAACGGGAGAUAAGACGAACAUAAUCAAUAAAUUUUGCACAUAAGGUUAGUUGGGAUUGGGUGGCACUUGGUAGUUCGGUCAUUUUAUUGGCUUUCUCUAUAUUUCUAAAUCAAACAAUCUGUCGUAUUGGUAUAUAUAUACAUAAUACAUGCCGUAGCAAAACAGCAAAACAUAAACUAUGGAUUAAUAAACAAUUUGAUACUGUAUAGUGUUCUUAUUUAAUGCAUUUUACACGUUUCUAGCCUUCUUCUGUCCAAUAGAUGUUCAGAGGUGAGACAUACGUAUGUACAUGGUUAUGUACUAUAAAUGUCGAUGUAUAUGAAUGCUUGUAUAAAUGUUUAUAUAUAUUACUAAUAUUAUGUGAAGUGAUUUCAUUCACCUUAUAAGUUUAUUACAUGUUCUUCUAGCUCCUACUUAAAGUAAGUCGGUCACAAAUCAACAUAAGAAGAAAACACUAUUUCAAUACCUUCGGCUUUCAAUCAAGAGAUUUCAUCUCUUAGCUUAAUUUAUACAUGCAUCUCGAAAUCAUUGAAGAAUUAGAGUGAUGAUGUAUCCAAAUGCAACUAAAGGCUCAAUAAAUACUCAUAGACACGAUAAUAGAACACAAAACGAACCCUAAAGUCUUUUUUUUUUGGGCAAAACAAGACACAAAAGUUCUGUUAGCAAAACCAUGUUGGCAACAAUUUGUACCCAAUAUAUGGUAUUAGCCACAAAAAAUAGCUGGUUCCAAAUUCGUGGCUAUAUGACUGAAGACUAAUCUCUGGUAAUAAAUCUAACAUGUUAAUGUAUGUGACCAUCAUGAAUUUAGCUUUAGGUAAAUAUGGUUAAAGCGUUAGUAGCUAUUGUCAAAAAAAAAUUCAAAAAAUUCCACCUCGUAUUUUAUUCAUCCCUUCUACGGAAUUUUACAAAAAUACAACUUUAAAUGAUGUGUUUGUUUUCCAAAAUUGCAAUUAAAAUAAAAUAGUAUAAUUAAAUAAUGAUAUACUCUAUAACAACCAACAUAUAGCCCGGAUAGCCGCCUCGGCCAUUCAAAUACCUCCUGAUCAGGCGUAGAUGUUCUAAAGCCAAAUCAACAGAAAAGAAAGAGGAGGUGAAUAUGGCUCGGUCUAACGCCGGAGACGGAGUAGGAACCACCAGAAUGGCAGAGGCUCCUCUGAACAACGAAAUGAUGUUUCAUAGGAGCAUGAGCACCAGCAGCUGUUUGUUCACGGAAGACGAGGAUAUGACUCGUACAGCGCUUUCAGAGUUUAAAGCUAAAGAGAGUGAGAUUGAGAGGAGAAAGAUGGAGAUUCGUGAACGGGUCCAGGCUCAACUAGAUCGGGUUGAAGAAGAAACCCGACGCCUCGCCACAAUACGCGAGGAGCUUGAAUCUCUUGCAGAUCCCACGAGGAAGGAAGUUUUGAUGAUUCGUAAGAAGAUUGAUAGCGUUUACAAAGAGCUCAGACCAUUAAGUUACUCUGUUCAAAAGAAGCAAAGGGAAUACAAAGAAGCAGUUGAUGCAUUCAACGAGAAGAAUUUGGAGAAAAUUCAGCUGAUCACCAAACUCAUGGAGUUGGCUGGAGAAAGCGAGAAUCUGAGGUUGAAGAAGCUUGAAGAUUUGAGCAAGAGCAUUUAGCGAAUGUCUCAAAAACAUACAUGACAAAGAUCAGCCAAGAACUUAUUGGGUUUGGAUUUUUGUUCACUGUGUGAAUUAUGAUGUAUCUUCUUGUGAAAUGUGAAUUUUAUGGGUGUUUUUCUUUGUUUUUAAUUUAUACAAAUCCUGUGUUGCAUAUUAAAAAAAAAAACUGUCACUCUUACAAAAAUAGUAUAUAUAGAUAAAUACCCUUUUCAUGUGAUUUUAGUUAUGUUUUUCAUAUAACGUCUUCAUGACCCAUAUAUGCAAACAAACAAAAUUAUCUUAAUUAAGUUUAGCAUCUAGUUUGGGAAAUUGGUGAAUUUAAUCUGUAUACUUACAGUAGCUUUUGGGUGAUUAUUCAAUAUUAAUGUCUAACUAGCGAUGGGGACUAUAUUCUAUUAUGCAAAUCUUAUUGAUAAAUACAUACACAAAGGUUCAAAAUAUUUGUUCCUCUCAAUAUUAAAGAAGAACCAAGCGAGAAAUUAUGAAGGCUUUUCAAAAAUCAUAGAUACGUAAGACGGUGAGAGCAAGAUAUUUCUAUAAAAUUGCAUUCUCGCUUCUUUUCUUUUCUUUUUUUUUUUUUUUUUUUUUUUUUUUUUUUGCAUUCUCGCUAGAUAUGAUCGAGUUGCUGCCAAACUCGUAAUGAUUCAUUAUUUUUGGCCCAAACAAAUGAUGUGAAAUUACUUAUUCAUUGGAAAAACCUCUUAUAUAAGCAAGGAUGUACGAAUAUCUGGUCUAGAGAUCAAAUCUGAAUAAUUAAGUUUCUUAUAUGUCUCAGACUUAAUCAGAUCAGUGAGGCCAACUGAUAUCAGCUCUGGUUUCAAGCGUCGGAGUUGUCUACAGAUUUCAUUAGUCUGUCAUCAGAAUGUUCUCGUUUAUCGUAUAAUAAAUACAUGUGCCAUCCAAUUUAUAGGUUUGUAUUUUAUCCGUUAGAAUUAUAAGAGUUUUUAUGAAGAUAAGGACAUAUAAUAUUAGGAUAACGAUAUAUCGUAUUUGUAUUUAUCUAUAAGCUAAACUCCUUAGGAAUAGGAUCUAUCUGACUCUAUUGCUACAGAAGUUUCUUACUCCGAUAUAGCCCAACGCAGUCCACUGCUUAGCUUUUUGUCCAUGACGUUUAAAUCAUAAACCCAACAAAGGUUUAUCUCUUUGUACCCGAUACAACCUUUGCUAGGGCCCAACAAAGGUUUUUAGCUCUCAAUUUACACCCACUGACAUUAAUGGCAUUACGUAUUUUUGGCAAUUACGUAAUUUCAAAUGAUUUGGUUGUGAAGGAGAGAUUGUUUUGACUAGUUUACGUGUAGCAUAAUACUCCAUUAAUUUACGUGUGUAGAGGUUUGACCGUCUGAGAAUUUGGGGGCUUGAAACAUUUUUUAAGAACUCUAAAAAUUUUGAGGACCGGAAUCUGAGAGUUUAAACCUAAACAAAAAACUUCUAAAAAUUUUGGAGGCCAAGACCAAUGUUUCAUUCGGUUGUCCCUAGAUCCGGCCCUCUUGAUCGGCAUUGAAUUAAAAGAAAAAUCUUUAGACAUAAUAACUUUGGUCAAGUCAAUGGUUGGAAAUGAGAAAGAUGCAUCAAAAUGAUGGUUUAGAUUAUAUAUGUAAUAUGUUUAACCAAUACAAUUAUGUCUAAACGUGUAAAGUUGAGUUUGUUAAAACAUAUACCUUCACCAAAACCAAAUCUCAUCUAGUUCUUAUGUUAGUGAAGGUAUAUGCAGGGCCGGCUUACAAGGGGGGACAAGCGGUGCGACCGUUCCGGGUCCGAGCCCGUGUCCCCCCGUGUAAUGAUAAAUAAGGGGCCCAAUUUUUUAUAAAUCUAUAUUUUUAUAUAUAUAAAAAAAUUAUAAAUAUAAUAAAUAAAAUUGAAAAGGGCCCAAAAUUAUUUGAUAUGUAUAUAAUUUUAUUUUCAUUACAAAAUAUACAAAAUAUUAUUGAUUAAAUUUUUAAAAUAUUUUAAACAUUAUCUUUAUAUAAAUUUUAGAGAGU